AUGGGAAACAGCAGUGGGUCGUCCAUAGAGGAACUACAAGCUUGUGAGAGUCAUCAGUGGUACAAGAAGUUCAUGACAGAGUGCCCAUCCGGACUUCUAACGUUUUAUGAAUUCAAGCAAUUCUUUGGCCUGAGGAACCUGUCGGAUGCAUCGGAUGCCUAUGUUAAGACUAUGUUCACAACGUUUGACAUGAAUGAUGAUGGCUUUAUUGAUUUCAUGGAGUAUGUGGCAGCUCUGAGCCUGGUACUGAAGGGAGGCGUGCAGCAGAAGCUGCGCUGGUACUUCAAACUUUAUGACAUAGAUGGGAGUGGAUGCAUCGACCGGGACGAGCUGCUCCUCAUCAUUAAGUCAAUCAGAGCGAUCAAUGGAAUCCCCUGUGAGAUGUCAGCAGAGGAUUUUGCCAACAUGGUGUUUGACAAGAUCGACAUCAAUGGAGACGGUGAACUUUCCUAUGAAGAAUUCAUGGAGGGGGUGCAGAAAGAUGAGAUGCUGCUGAAGAUGCUAACAGAGAGUUUGGACCUCUCACACAUUAUACAAAAAAUUCAAGGAGAGAUAAAAGGGAUCAAAUGA